UUGACAAUCAGCUGGUUGAUUUGAUACGUGUAUUGUUUGUAUUGUUUUUCGAUCCAACUUUUGCAUCCCAAAUAUAAAGUCAAAAUCUCGAAAACUAAAUAGCGUAUAUUCUGAAAUUCCACAAAUACCUAUAAUCAUGAUGGCACCGGAAGAAAGUUGUAGUUCUUCUACAUCUGAGGAUAUUAAAACUGUUCAGCUGUUGGCUAAGGGUCUGUUGGAGCUGUAUGAACCCCCGCUAGCCACAAUAAAUACGCAUUUAAAAGAAUUGACGGAAAAGCAAGAAGCAGUACAAGGAAUGAUAACAUCAGAGCGAAGGAAACUGGAAGAUAUACAAAACGAUGCAAUGUUGGAUGCUCUGUUAGCAGACAUAGCUACAAACAAAGAGAAGUUAGUCUCCAUAUCUAACUCCAUGAUGGGCUUGCAUAAAAGAGUGCACUCUCUUCAGACUAGAGCAGCCAACGUAGAAAAGGCGGCAAAAAGCAAAGCGGCUAGUCAGAACAAGGCGAGCUAGCGAGACAGCUAAAUUAUAAGGUUAGAGUCAUACGUGGAAAUAACUGCAGAUGGCGCUACUGUUAAUAGUUAAAACGACAAGUAUUUCUUGGCACAUGGCGUCAUUGUUGACAGUUGUUAUAAAUGGAUAAUGGUGCUAACUCCUGCAGACGCCAUCUAAUUUUAUUUAAAGUUAUACCUGUCAUUUUCUUAUCCGCUGAAAAAGAAAGAGACGGGUAACCGACAGGCAUAAAAUUUAUGGAACACCCGUCAAUUUUAAGCAGAAAUCGAAAAGAACCGUCUAAAAAUUUUACAUCGGCCAAUAACCCGACAGAGUAAGUAAGCAGACGGCACGUCAAUCGAAUUACAUACAAGCGAGAUGCCUAUUUUAUUCGCCCGGGUUAUUCAUUCGUUUUAAAAUUAACUUGUUCACAAUCAUCUGUCCCUUUCCGCUUCGGCGGAUAAGAAAAUGACGGGUAUAACUUAAAAUAAAAUUAGGAGGUGUCUGCAGGAAUCGGGGCCAAUGUAUAGAUUAUGGUGCACACCAGCGCCCUCCUGUCAAUGGUGCUGAUUCCAGUACGCACCAUAUAUUUAUUAUACACCAACGGUUAUACGCCAUCGUUAAAAUUUUGAAAAGGUUUAAGAUUUUUGCCUAAAACUGUCGUGUGUUCCAUACAUUUUGAGCUUGUAGAUUACCCGUCUCUUUCCUUUUUGGCAGAUAAGAUAAUGACAGGCAUAACUUAAAAUAAAAUUAGGUUUCUGCUGGACAGUACCAAUGUGUAGAUAUUUUUUAUAAUUCGUCGACUAUAAAAAUAGUUUGCAUCAAAGAGAACAAACUGAAUAAAACAAAAAUAACAUUUUAUUGAAAUUUUAAUAACAAAAGUUACAUUGUAAGUACAUGCUAUUUUAAGUAAAAUAAAUAUGUUGUACUAUUUUAAAAUUACCUUAAAAUGUUAAGUCACUAUUUGAAUCACUUAUUGGUAGAGUUGUGUAAUCAAAUUAUCUAUUUAAAGUAGAAAAUGUGACUCAUUGAGUAAUUUGAAUUUGCUAUUUUCCUUAUUUUUUUUAUACUUUAAGAAAAGUGCGUGCGAACUCUACAUGACUUUUUAAUCGGUCGAUUAGUUCUUCAAAACUUAAUAAAACUGUCAUUUCAAUUAUGUGAUAAAUCAGAUAUUUAGUUUGGCAGCUCUUAAAAUAGUGCCGUCCUUCACUCACAAUACGUGCAAGAAGGAGACGGAGCUAGUUUUAGACCUGUCGAAUUAAGUUUAAAUUAUGUUGGUAGUUUCCCGAAUCAAGCCAAUGUAUAGUUUGCUUAUUGAGGUUCCGAUGAUCAUUAAGCGUUAUGUGCAUCUUAAGCACAAAAAAUAAAGAUAAAUAAAUUGUAGGUAAGGAUGAACGUUAAUAAGUAUAUCAGUUUCAAAA